UUCUGUGUACAACACCAUCUGUCAAAGUGUCAAAUCUGUCUUGAAGGAAGUUAAUAAAGGAGUUUUCCUUCUAUCCAUUUCACUGGAUAUAAUUAAUGCUUUAUUCUCUUAUAAAGAAAAACGAAAAAUCAAAGUGAAGCAAUGGGUUCCGACAAAUAAUCAUGACUUCCGGUGUGGUGAAAUGAAAGCCUUAUUCCUUUGUUGAUGGAAUAUCCGGAUUACAUAUUCUUUUCGUGGAACAAUUUAUAGAAGGGAUGUUGAGGAUAACCUAUUCUUCCAAAGUGUCGGUUUCUAUAUGAAUCGAGAGGACAAUAAUAUCUCUAAUAUGAAGAAUUCAAAACUGGAUCCUGUUCCAGAGUUGGGACCAGCUCCCGCACUUCCUCCUAGAAAGUAUUCUGUCUCAGGACCUAGAACUUCUAAGAAGUCGAUAACUGAUAAGGACCCUCUAUCACUUCCAACUAAUAGCAGUUCUUUACAAGAUGCAGAAUGGUACUGGGGUAAUAUAAGUAGAGAAGAAGUAACUGACAAGUUGCAAAAUACUAUAGAUGGUACAUUUCUUGUUAGAGAUGCAUCCAGUAAAGGUGGUGAAUAUACAUUAACAUUACGUAAAGGAGGUACAAACAAAUUAAUUAAAAUAUGCCAUAGAAAUGGAAAAUAUGGUUUUACAGAACCAUACACAUUUGAUUCUGUUGUAGAUCUGAUCAAUCAUUUUAGGCAUUGUUCCUUAUCCCUGUAUAAUGCAUCACUUGAUAUCAAAUUGUUAUAUCCAGUAUCGAAGCAUAAUCAAGAAGAUGAAGCUGCAAAAUUAGAAAAAGAUGAAAAUCUGUGGCUCAAGUUGAAUGAAAUUACAACAAAAAUUGAAAUCAAUAACAGAAAAUUAGGUGAUUUAACUAGAGAUUUUGCUGAAACAAAAGAAGAAGUAGAAUCAAAAAAACAAGCAGUAGAAGCAUAUGAAGAACUAGUGAGAAUGUUAAAAGAGCAAGUGGAGCUCCAAGAAGUCGUAUGUGAUCAAGAAGCUCAACCUCACGAGGUAAAAGAAUUAGAAAUCAACCAAGAAUUAUUAUCUAAAAGACUGAAAUUGUUAGAAGAAAGCUAUGAACAACUGUUAGAAGAUUUGGAGCAGAAGAUUGAGUCAAAAAAAUCUUUAGAUAGAGAAAUAACCUCUGAAAAAUUGGUAAUUUUGAGCUUAAUCAAGGAACAAGAGAAAUGUAUUCGUUGGUUGCAAGAUAGAGGGAUCUCGUUGGUGAAAAUAAAUCAGGUUCUCCAUCGUUCAGAAAAGGAAGAAUUUGCUAGUGAAAGUGAAGAUUUGGAAGAUUUUCCACACCAUGAUGAACGUACAUGGCUGAUGUUGAAUUACUCCAGGACAGAUGCUGAAAGAGCUUUGAUGAACACUCCUGAUGGUACAUUUCUCAUAAGAAAAUCAAGUACAAACAUAAAUGCUCUUGCUUUGUCUAUUUCAUGUAAUGAUGUUGUCAAUCACUGCAUAAUUCAUCGUAGUAGCACAGGUCUCGGGUUUGCAAAGCCCUACAAUAUUUAUCCCAGCCUAACUGAUCUCGUUCUACAUUAUGCAACGAAUUCGCUAGAAAUACAUAAUGAUUCUUUGAAAACAAAGCUAUUGUACCCAAUCGGGGCUCAGUAUAUGGCAGGAGCGUCUUACAUUGAAAACUUGAAAGGUUUGAAAGUGUGAUAAGUUCAAGAGGCUUUUACACUUCAUUAUGCUGUGAUUAUAUAUGUAGUGUAUGUAAGGACAACUUUUAGAUUUAAUUUUCUUGCAUUUUAUAUCUAUUUUUGAAACGAUGAGUCUUUCAAAGUUUGAAAAAAGAUUUAAAAAAUGGGAUUGAUGUCAACAAAAUCAUUUGUAAAUAUUCACUUGAACUACAGGGUGUUUGACAUGAAAAUACACUAGAAAUGCUCUUGUUUUCAAAAG